AUGGAGGCCCUUUCUCAGCCCACCGGCUCGGUGAAAUCCGUAGUCGUCGAGGAGCCACCUCUUAAACCCCCUUUCUCGCGUGAAGCCGUGCCCAGCGACCUUGCAGUUCUUUCAGAAGUCAUGAGUUCACUCCCGACGAUUUCACGGACACGGCUCCACGACGCAUUCCUCACCGAAACCGACGUAGCCAGCUAUCUCCAACGAGACUUGGAUCUUUCCCGUCUCAACAGGAUUCACAAUAUUCUCUGGAUGGCUGGGCGUCCCAUCAAUGCUCGUCCGUUACACCGCCAGCGGAUGAUGGGCCUCGAGAUCAUCCCUACAGAACAAUCCGACCUCCACCUCCUCAAAUUCUCAAACCAUCUUCUUGUGAAGCCUAUUCCAUCUUACCUACUUAACCACGAUUUCUGGACGAAACAUCUCUGUUCGUCCAAAGAGCUCCACGAGUCCGCAUCGGGCCUCCUAGUUUCCUAUAUAUGGCUCAUCUGCUCCCCUAUAGAUCUGAAAGUCGCCCAAGACCACCAGCUCUUCCCUUCCAACCUCGCCUGGACCUGGUGGAAAUCUUUUGUCAACGAUGUAUUCAAGCACAUCAACAUCAACGCUCUCGACACCGUCAAUAAACGAUAUCACUUCGGUGAACUUCGCCUUAACCGCAUAAACUCCAUCUACCGCGUCCGGUUCUUCUUCACGCACUUUAUCCGCGGCUACUUGUACGGAUACAACCGCUACACGGUCUUCUUCGAGCGCAAUUUUGGCUGGAUACUAGUGGUUUUUGUGUAUUUCUCGCUUGUGCUGUCUGCCAUGCAGGUGGCAAUGGAUGUUCCGGGCCUUCAGGAUAACACGGAUUUUGUGAAUGCGACGUACGGUUUCGUUAUCUUCUCGAUUGUAAUAGUUGCUUUCUUCUUGGGUUUGGUGGCGCUCAUUUUCACCUCGAUAUUCUUGUAUAAUAUGGGUGCGGCUAUAAGCGACGAUAGGGAGAAAAGAUUGCGGAGGGAGAAGCUGUCGAGGGAAAAGAUUAUAUAG